AUUAGCUCUAAUUUUCACUGAACGGCAGUCACUUCUCACUCUCAGAGCAAUACGUUGGCUGCACAAGGAGGUUGAUAAAGUGGGGCACACGUGUUGAAGUUCAAAGAUAAGUAUAAAAACCACCAAACUAGGUCAUCUACGCAAAAAAGGGAACACAAAAAAAAACAGACUAUGAGAAUGUGCUAAACAUUUUGCCAUCAGAAGGCUGCACACGACUGUUGAGAAACCUCAUGGUCCUGCUUUACGUAUUCUGGUUAUACUUUUCUCUCUCUUUUUUUCUUUUUAUCAGUAGCGAUAGUCCAAGACAUCAGCGGUUUCUGAGUGCACAUAUGGGUCACUCAGACGGAGCAAGGUUUGAGAUAAUCGCUUCAUCAGAGGAAGAAAAGCAGAGAUAUGAGAAAACCGUGACAUGGAAAUCUUCACAGAAGCCUUGUGGUUUGUCCUUCUUUUACUACUCAACUGUAAACCAAGAGACUGUUAUUCAGUGGCUUGUAAAGGAAAACUCAUAGCAGAUCAAGACAUCAUUCCUAUUGGCUCUAACCUGACCGUACACUGUCAAUCCUCCACUCCGACAUGUGGCAAGAUCUUCAUCAUGACUUUUAAUGGCGAAGAAAUACUUAGAAAGCCCGGCUGUUUUAACGUGACAGCACAAGUGGUUGUGAACGAACCCAUAUCCUCUAUCUACUGUUCUGAGAUAGUGGAAGGGCAGGCUAAAGAAGGGAACUCUCAACUUCUGUGUGGAAAGGACAUCAUCGCUAACCCAAUUCCAAGUCGUCCACAAAUUAAAGAGAUUCUAUUCCCAAAAGGCUCCCUUUCCCCCAUCAUCCACUGGCACAGCUCAGACAAUAUGGAGACUCUGAAGCCCAGGCUGAGGUUCCAAAUAAAACUUGAUAACGCAAGCUGGAUGGAGGGAAAUGUGACUCAGAUACACAGAGGGACCCUUAUGCUGCUGGAGAUGUUGGAGCCACUGACAUUAUAUCAGUUUGAGCUGAAAGUCUGCACAGCCUCAAUGAAGAAUAACUGCAGUUUGUGGAGUGAAAGGUUCAGACAGGGAAGCCCAGGAAAAGCACCCUCGACCAAGCUCGAUGUGUGGAGGACAAUCAUGAGAAACGAACAGAGCAAUACUCAGAAUGUGACUGUCAUGUGGAAGCCUUUAGGUACAGAAGACUUUAAAGGAGAUUUGCACCAUUAUGAAAUAGUCUAUCAAGAAAAGGGCACUACACACGUUCUGAAUUGCUCAAAGGCUGUUACACAGUACACUCUUCAUCUGCCCCUGGAGGUGACAGAGCUGAAUGUCAGUGCUGUUACAUCAGCAGGAAGUUCACCACCAGCUUCAGUGAGACUGACCUGCUCAGCAGGAAUACCAGCUCCAGAAAUAAUAUCAAGCCAUGCAGCAGGGGGCGGCAUUGACCUUAAGUGGGACUCAUCUCACUUCUCAGCUAGGACGUCAGAGAAAAUGCUGGGUUUUUUAGUUCAAUGGCAAUGCACCCCGCUUCAAGUGCAGUGGAAGAGAAGUGUAAGAAACUCCAACUCUGUAUACAUUCAGGCUACACAACCCAGUCUGUGUGACAUUUCACUCUAUGUUGAGAGCAGUGACGGAGUGUCGUGCCCUUCUAAACAAGUUCAUAUCACCAAGAACGGCAUUACCACAAUACCGAAUGACCCUCACGUAGACAACUUAAAAAAGCAUCCUCCUCCAGAAAAAACAAGAAAUGAAGUGGUCAUCGGGAUUUGCCUCAUAACUGCCGUCCCUAUCGUUGUCCUCGUGAAUCUUUUGUACUGGAAAUGUACAAGACAAAGAUUAAGGAAGGCGUGCGUGUCAAUGGGACCCUCUUGGCUUUUUCAGAAUUUACCUCAGCUUGGAAACAGCAAUGCUAUCAAAUUACUGAAGGAUGAGAGACAUGGUUCUGAUCUGUGCUGGCAACCCGUGGACAGCGACCCACCCUUAUCUCCAGUUGAGGACUACAGUCCACCUGUGGAAAGGAAGGAUUUGUACCCCGUUGUACACAGAGAAGUAACCGCAGAGGAGCCUACGGUUGUGCAAGACUGGACAGUGUGUUCUUAUAAACCUCAAAUCAUGACUUCUCAAGGAGGAGCAGAGGCGGUCUGUGAGGUAGCCGAGAUGGAAGAAGAUGAGCCCCCGUGGAUGUUCUUCUCCUCACCUGUCUUCAGUCAGUUUGAACACUUUCCUCCGAGUCAAGGAAUGCAUGCAGCUCUGCCAAGCUGUUUGACUGUGGAUGGAAGACCUGUAUCUAUGGAUCUUGAUGGAUUCCCCUUUUUCACUCAGACUGUUAUAGACGGAGACACGUGGACUGAUAGGAGGCUUGUGGAAGCAGGAAAUGGUGAUCAGAACAAGCUUCAAAGCCAAACGGUGUUACCCAACGACCUGGUGAGGUGCGUGUGAGAACCUUGUUUAUUUUAAGGACAGACCUCCUUUUCACAGUCCGGAGAAGUCUCCAGGUUGACCAACAGUUGCUCUAAAACAUCAAACUAUGGGAAAACCUUCAAGCGUGACGUUUUUCGUUAUCCUACAUCAGUCAAGUGUAAUAAAGUGCAAAUAAUAUGGGAACUGAGUAAAACAUUUACAUUUACUAGACCCUUUCUUCGGUUUCACUUAUAAACCCAACAUUUGCAGCUUCCUGGUACUGAGCAUAUGUUAAGGAGCGUUAACCACGCGGCCCCUCCUGCCAUGAACCUAUGCUAUGAAGUGCAUCACAAACUACAAAGCCAUCAUGGGGUUCUUUAAGGCAGGGGUUCUCCAAGUGCGUCCAGUGAUCACCAGAGGAUUUUUUUCUUUUUUUCCUAGUGUUGCCUUUCAGCCUGCCAUCCACUUUAACAGAAUAGAAUGGCUUUAAACCAUACCUAUUUCAAUAACACAAAAACAAGUAGGCCAAUAAAUUAUGACAACUUGGAUGAAAUGUGGUGUGUGUGUGUAUGUGUGUGUAACAUUCGAGAGUGAAAAGCUUGUUGGCUCCAAUAAAUAGCUAAAAAUUUAUAAUGAGCCUUAUAUUUGGGGAGUUACUCUUGCAAAUGCUGGUAAAUAAACAAUUGCACUUGAAUUGAAGCAUUAAUACAAUACUCAGUACAAUACUCAAAACAAUACUCUGCACAAGGCCUAUAUGAACUAUAAAACUGAACAUUGUUAACAUACAAAUUGUUAAGUCUUGUGUUUUUUAUUUUAUUUGAGUGUUCCUCUGUUCUCAGUUUAACCGAGGCUCCUUUCGAUAUCUGAUAUCUCGAGAGUGAAAUGGCAAGGGAGGUUGGUUGAGAUUUCAGCAGAUAAUAGAUAUAGAUAAUAUAUCAUUAUCAGACUGCACUAACCAAAGACCCAGUGAGGUGGUUAUAUGGCUUGGAGAAAUAGCAGACCUCCUUCACCACAACAAUCAAAGCAGUUCAUUCAAGAAAUAUGAUUGUAUCUGUUCUGCACCGCUGUAGAUAAGAUAAUUUGAAUAUCAGGCACUGAAGCGUGUGCAAUUUUCAAGAAAGAUCAACAAUAUGAAUUCAAAGACGUCAGGAAGUCAUGCUGCAGAACUGAUUUUUGUUUUGUUUUGUCCUACUAAUUACUAAAUGAAUUUUCUGUGAAUUGUUAUAUAUUUGCAAGGGUAAAACUCUUGGUUUUUGUUGUUGUUUUUACACUUAUUUUUAAUGUAUACAAUGUAUUUUUACAAUUCACCCAAUUCACAAUUUCAAGGGUCAUCUAUCUAUCUCAUGCCAUACUAUUCACUGUAAUAAAUCUAUGGACACGCAUCCAAGAAGCUGAUUGCUCAGUCAGGGUUUUUUUCUCAAUUCCUGCCUGGAUGAAAGUUUUCUUAGCACUAAAAAAAAACCCUCCACGUAUUUGUACGUUUAAUCUGCACGAACUUUACAAACCAGGACUAUAACGAUGUACUCACAAGAUCUACAGUAUAGCUUUGUUCUACUGAACUGCUUCAAUCUUUGACACCUUUGCAUGCUCUAGCCAUUGCAUGGUUUUAUGGUCAGACUUCUGGAAAAUUCCCUUGCAUAAUAAUAUGGAAAGUGAAAGGCAUUCGAUACAGAUAUGUGGGCUCCAUCAUCUUCCACGGAUAGAAUGAAAUCCCUUUUCCCAAACAGUCCACGUGUUGACACGAUGCUGUAUACUGAUUUUAUUUUAAUGCUAAAUGUGCGCAUGUUUCUUUAGACGUUUGCUCCUCUUCUUUUUGAUCGUUGUGCCAGGGGCUUUGUUUCACGACUUAGUUUUAGUCAUGUUCACACUUUGCAGAACCACAUGCCCCACAAGCCAGUUUUUUUUUAUCACUUCCUGUGAAAAAUCUCACGCCAGGGGUGUGAGAAUGUGUAAACAUGCUACAGUAUAUGCAUGAUGUUUUUACUCCACUAAACAGUUUAUGGAGGCGCAUUCCUUAGCAAGAGAAACAGAUAUCAUUUCCCAGUGAGUGCGAAAAGCAUGCUGUGUACGCACGAUUAGGAAAUUUGCAUUUAUUUAGAUUAAGCAUUGUUCUAUAAACUUCUAAAGAAUAUGAAUGUUAAUAAGUCUGGUUAGUCAUGGACGUUAACAUGAUGCUGGCAUAAAACCUGGAGAAUGCGAUUUCGGUUGAAAAAGAUAAUCCUUGGUAGUUUCUUUGCUGGUCAGAUUAAAGAAUUCGUCUUGAGGUCUACACAUCAGUAUCACAACACCCAUAGUCAGUAUGCAUUUA